AAAACAUCGCCCUGGCCCAGUUGAGCAUCCCGCUCUCUGAUAGGCCGGGCAGCCUGGGCCAAUGAGAGGCCCUGGUGUUGGGCGGCCGGGUCGCCCACGUGCUGUGGGGACAGAGCUGCGGAUCGCCGGGAGUUGCCAGCAUGAGAAUCGGCUGCUGCCCACGGAGCUGCGCCGGGAGGCUCUGGCGCUUCAGAAGUCCAUCGAGUUUGAUGACCAGGGAGCAGAAGGGCUGGUGACACAGCAGGAUGAUGAGUAUCGCUGGGCUGGCGUGGAGGACCCCAAGGUGAUGAUCACGACCUCGCGCGACCCCAGCUCCCGCCUCAAGAUGUUUGCCAAGGAGAUGAAGCUGGUGGUGCCGGGCGCCCAGCGCAUGAACCGGGGGCGACACGAGGUGGGGGCCCUGCUCCGGGCCUGCAAGGCCAACGGCGUCACGGACCUGCUGGUGCUGCAUGAACACCGCGGGCAGCCGGAUGGGCUGAUCGUCUCUCACCUGCCCUUCGGCCCCACGGCGUUCUUCACCCUCUGCAACGUGGUCAUGCGGCACGAAGUCCCCGACAUUGGCACCAUGUCCGAGGCCACCCCCCACCUGAUCUUCCACAACUUCACCUCCCGCCUGGGCCAGCGGGUCUGCAGCAUUCUCAAGUACCUCUUCCCUGUGCCCAAGGAGGACAGCAAGCGGGUCAUCACCUUCGCCAACCAGGACGAUUACAUCUCCUUCAGGCAUCACGUCUAUAAGAAGUUGGACCACCGAAACAUCGAGCUGUCUGAGGUGGGGCCGCGCUUCGAGAUGAAACUGUACAUGAUUAAGCUGGGCACGCUGGAGCAGGCAGCCACGGCCGACGUGGAGUGGCGCUGGCAUCCUUACACCAACACGGCCCGCAAGCGGCAGUUCCUGAGCGCCGAGUAAGGGGCAGGCCUGGCCCAGAGCGGCCGCCCCCUCGCGCUCGGACACAGGACGUGGGGCCCGUGCAGCCAGAGAUCGCAGGGGCGCUCGCUCGGCUCGGCGCCGGCUGGGAGUUUAACCUGGAGCGGUUUGGAGCAUCGGAGUGCAGAGGACAGGCCCUGGCCCAGAAGGAUGCCGACGUCUCCAGCUGUGGUUUCCGGUCCCAGGCCGGCCCAGCGGGGUGCUGCCCCGGCCCCGUGGGUAUCGCCCUGCGGUGGAGGGGGAAGCACCAGCAGAGCUGUUGUUUUCACAUUUUUAUUUUUGUAGGGUCUGCUUUAAUACACAGCUUGGUUUGACCCUU